UCAAUCCGUCAGUGACCAUUCAGUGACCUUUUACGUUUGUGCGAUGGAUGGUCAUCAUGAGGUCCAGGAACUGCAAGUCUAUGAAUCUGAUCUACAGCAUUGGAAUAACUGUAAGAAAAAUCCUGGCCACAGAAAUUUCAUUCCGAUUAAAACAUUUGCUCUUGGAGAUCUCCCUGCAGGGUAUCAAGACCAUGACUUGUUUGACCUGAUCAAGGCUACAGCUGAUCUCACAGUUAAAAUUUGUGUAAAAAUAGUCAGCCCGAAUAGACCAGAGUAUUGGCCAACUUGCGCUCUGAAAUAUCCUUUUUCUGAUAAAAUUGCAUCUAGCAUUGUGAGGACAGGCACUGGAAAACUGUAUGUGUACAAGUAUAUAGAUGGAGAGGGAUUUGAUGGCCAUGGUCGAAAUUUCAAAACUCCAACUGGAACAAAACUGGAGACAGUCUAUAAGACAUGUCCAUGUCAAAAGUGUCAAGACCUGAACGAAACAAAUAAUAUCUGGUGGGAAAUUUUUAUUUUCACUGCUACGCAUGUAGUUUUCGAUGACCUCGAAGCCCAGCAGACGACGUGCACGUUGUUCUAUGACGCCGACGACAGUGAAGUUAAACUUUUGGAAAACUUGAGUCUCGAAUACGCAAAAGUUGACAGAGACGUCUGCGAGUUGAAAUACGUGACGUGUGACGUUGAGCUUGGAGAUCGACUUUACAACACGGUACAACUCUGCUAUGGCCUCUUGAAAAAAGUUUUGCAGAAACACAAAUCGAAUUUUAUGUUCAUAGUAUCGCAUCCUCAUGGCUGCCCUAAGCAUGUCAGCUUUGGUAGACUACAAGACAACGAGAGGUAUGAGGAACUGAACGCUGAUUACGACCUGUCAAAGUUGACCUAUAAUACGCCGACAUGCCCUGGAAGUAGCGGCGCAAAAGUCUACUGUCUUGGGUUGAACAUGUCUGGGGAAUACGUCCAUGGGGGGAGUUCAGAAUCCAAAAUUAAUUUUAGUAGUAUUGGUUUUUGCAGUAAGAAAUAUUGAGAUAAUGCUUGCCUGACAGGA